AUGGAGGUCAAUGCUGUAAUGCCGGCUGUUCCGAAGUUCCUGUAUUGGUCGGAGCAAGAGAUCAACUGGAACCGGGCAGAUCAUCCCAAGGUUAUGCCCAAUCCUGGCGGAUACGCCUUGGUGGUUGAUCCGACACUCAUCGGGCCUGACAUUAACAUCAAGUUCACUCGGGUCCUCAUCGACAAUGGGAGCAGCAUAAACAUCCUAUAUCGGGACACGAUGCUGAAGCUCGGCAUUACCGACAACAUGCUUGAGCCAAGCCAGACCACCUUUCAUGGCAUUGUGCCGGGAGUGUCUUGUGCCCCAGUAGGCAAGAUUCGAGUGGAUGUCUUAUUCAGUACCCGAGAGAACUGUCGGACUGAGAAUCUGUUGUUCGAAGUGGUGGACCUCAAUAGUCCGUACCACGCAUUGCUCGGUAGACCGGCACUCACCAAGUUCAUGGCAACAACCCACAUUGGCUAUCUCAAGAUGAAGAUGCCGGGACCAAAUGGUAGUAUAACCAUCACUGGCAACUACAAGCGUUCGAUGGAGUGCGCGGCGGCAGGGUCUGCUUUGGCCGAGUCACUAGUCAUCACUGGCGAGAAGAAGAAGCUACAGGAAGUUGUCGUGAUGGCUCAGGCGGCGCAGAUUGGCUUGCCGGCUAUGACAAAUCCUCAUGGAAGUGUGGCUUUCCAGGCAGCCAAGGAAACAAAGAAGAUUCAAAUCGACGGCGAGUUCCCGGACCGCACCGUCAUCAUUGGUGCUGGUCUAAGCGAAAAAUAG